AUGGGAAGGUCUUUCAAUCCAUCAAACGCGGACUAUCUGUUCCCAUUAGAUGAUGACGUCGAUGAUCAAUUCCCACAACAGCAGCAGCAGUCCAUACAAAAAAAGAAACGGAAGCAUUCACCAGUGGCGGGUACAUCGAGAGCGAGUCCUGCUCCAGUUCGAGCAGUUACUGCCCUAGCGCAGCCAACAGGGGAGAAAAAAAAGAAACAUAUUAUAAACCCGGUGGCUAUGAAGAAGCCAACAGCUAACGACCUUUUCGGUAGUGAAAGUGAAGACGAGGUUUCGCCGCCAACAUCAAUAACACAGCCGGGUAAUAAACCUAUUCACUCAUAUAUUACGAGAAGGCUUGCAAGCGGAUAUUCUCGUCAAGUAGACGAUGCAAAACGAGGGACACACUACAUAGAUUUACGAGUUUAUAGGUGCGAUGAGAUCGAGCACGUACAGCCUAUGAAUCGAUGGCGUCACUCAAUUGUUUGUGUGAAAACUAGAACUAAUGAUAACACAGAGACGUGGCAACUUCUUACCAAUUUUAUAUCAGCUACUCGUAAAGAGUAUCGUAACUGCUCCCCCACUUUUAUCAGUAAUUAUUAUUAAAUUUAAGAAGUUUAAGCUUAUACAGUACUUAGACUUUAGGCUUUGGUAUACUGUUUAAAUUUCGUAAAUUAAAAUUACUGACAAAAAUUACUUAGUUAAUAAGUUUGUAACGAGUGAAAAACAUAUAUACUAUAACUUACUUUAAUCUUUUAUAUAAUAAUAAUAGGCUUAAUCCUAACAAAUAUAUAAUUAGUAAUAUCUUUUGUUUUUUUUUUUUUGUUUUUUCCAGUACAACAUAGCUCCGAUUCAAGAAAAUGUGAAUACUGUCAAAUUGAAAUAAAUUAAAAUGAACACCGAUACCAUUUGAGAACAAAUUUGCAUAAGUCUAAUUGUCUGUUGAAAUCGAAAUUUGAAGAUAUUGAUAUUAUAGCUACGGCAUUUAAAAAUAGAAUAAUUACAUAUGGACUUAAUCCCUUGGAAGAGUACCUUACACCAGAGGCAUUCCUAGUGGAUAAUAAGAAAUAUAUUUUGGAUAUUAUAAAUGACUGUCUUCUAAAACAUGAUUGUAUUAAAUUGAACGUUGAGUUGUUUUCUUAUUUUAUGAGACCGAUGGUAAAUGAACAUCAACUUAAAUCAUUUAAUACAAAAUAUGAAAUAAUAUACCACAGUACAGAUAUUAAUGAAUUCAUCAUAAACAUUAUAAAUAUAAUUGACAGAAAAAUAUCAGAAUUUCAACACUGUGAAUCAGGAUGGUCUCUCAUUUCAAUAAGUCAUUUAGAGAUCAACAUAAACAAAUAUAGUCCAUUGAAAGGUGGUUCAUAUUGUAUAUUGAUUUACAAAAUGAAAUAAAAAACACAAAAAGUUGUAUAAAUAUUCAAAGUGAUGAUAAUUUUUGUUUCUUGUGGAGUAUUAUUGCGGGAUUAUUUCCACAAAAGAAAAAUGUUUGUAGAAUUAAUUCCUACCCUCAUUAUUCCAUAGUAUUGAACAUUAAUGGUAUGAAUUUUCCACCGUCAUAUAAUGAUAUUAAAUUGUUUGAAAGGAUCAAUCCUGAAGUCAGUGUAAAUAUUUAUGGAUUAGAUAAUAAAAAUAAUGUAACCGGACCGUUAUAUAUAACCUCUUCAAGGAAAACAAAAUAUGUGAAUUUAUUAUAUAUUGAGAAAAAUGGUAAAUCU